AUGCUCGUCAUACUGUAUGCGGUUCGUUCGUAUUCGAGAAAGAAGAACACUCGACCACUCCCCCCAGGGCCCAAAGGCCUUCCAUUGCUUGGAAAUGUCAACGACAUGCCUAAGUCUGGCAUGCUUGAGUGCCAUCACUGGUUGCAGCAUAAGAACGUUUAUGGCCCCAUCAGUUCCGUCACAGUGCUAGGUCAAACGUUCAUCAUCAUCAAUGAUUCCGAUAUUGCCUUCGAACUGCUGCGCGACCGUUCAGCGAUCCAUUCCUCGAGACCUAGUCUAACAUUUAGUGGUGACAUGGUGGGUUGGCGGCACGCAACCACUAUGGCACCAUAUGCUGCAGAAUGGAAAAUUCAGCGCAAAAGCAUUACGAAGGUAGCGAGUACGAAUGUCUCUGUGUCAGUAUUCGAUCGUGUCCAAGGGACGGAGGCCGCGCAUUUCUUGCUCAACCUUCUAACUUCUCCCGACAAGCUCUUCGACCACAUAAGAAAAGAGGCUGGCAGUGUGAUUCUCAAAAUUACAUACGGCUACACAACAGUGGCCAACGACAAUGAUCCCCUCGUUGACCUAGCUUCCAAGACCAUGGAGCAAUUCGCAGAUGCUACGGUUCCCGGAAAAUGGUCGGUGGAUAUCUUUCCGUUCCUACAAUACCUGCCCGAAUGGCUACCAGGAAUGGGGUUCAAAGGCACAGCGGGAAAGAUGGCAGCGCAACUCAGCCAGUGUACGAACCAGCCGUAUGAAUUCGUAAAGAAGCAGAUGGCUGAGAAGAGACACCCGCCGUCUUUUUUAUCACAAUGUAUCAAAGGUAUUGGUGAAGAUGCCGAAAUGGAAUUUGUUCACAAAUGGGCGGCAUUGGCGCUAUAUCUUGGUGGCGCUGACACAACUGUUUCAUCAAUUAUGACCUUCUUUCUUGCCAUGACUGUCUUCCCGGAAGUUCAGAAGACGGCCCAAGAAGAGUUGGAUCGCGUCAUUGGCGGAAGUCGGCCUCCCGUCAGUAAAGACCGCGAGAGCCUUCCUUAUAUCUAUGCUCUCAUGAAAGAAACCCACCGUUGGCAUCUUGUCUUACCAAUGUGCCUUCCACAUUGUAGUACAGAAGAAGAUACCUGCCGCGGAUAUCGCAUUCCGAAGGGCUCCAUCCUUCUGCCCAAUAACUGGCAUUUUACGCAUGAUCCGGAGGUCUAUCCCGACCCAAUGGUCUUCAGACCGGAGCGCUUCCUCGAAACACCCACCCGCAAAAGUGAACCGGAUCCCAGGAACUUCAUUUUCGGGUACGGCCGACGUAUCUGCCCGGGUCGAUACGUAGCGGAUAACGCCCUCUUUAUUACUAUCGCACAAACUCUUGCUGUUUUCAACGUCACUAAGCCCGUUGAUAAGACUGGUCGAGUGGUGGAGCCAGAGGUGAAGUUCGAGCCGGGAGCGAUCAGCCACCCUGUGCCGUACCGCUGUUCGAUCAAGCCGCGAUCGGAUACCCAUGAGCAGUUAAUCAAGGCUUCGGAGCGGUAUAUCCAUGGGAAGAAAGUGACGCCAAGGAGCUGGAAAACAUCAAGUGGUAGUACAAAGACAGGCACCUGA